UUCAUUUUCAAGUCAGAUGUUUGGCUGCUGCUCUGUCCCCUGCAACAAGGAGCCAUGCCAACUGGACGCACACUUCUUCCAGGGCCUCUGGCAGCCAGGACAGAGUUGAGACCACAGCUGUUGAGACCCUGAGCCCUGAGUCUGUAUUGCUCAAGAAGGGCCUUCCCCAGCAAUGACCUCCUCAUUGCUUCUGGCCUUUCUCCUCCUGGCUCCAACCACAGUGGCCACUCCCAGAGCUGGCGGUCAGUGUCCAGCAUGUGGGGGGCCCACCUUGGAACUGGAGAGCCAGCGGGAGCUGCUUCUUGAUCUGGCCAAGAGAAGCAUCUUGGACAAGCUGCACCUCACCCAGCGCCCAACACUGAAUCGCCCUGUGUCCAGAGCUGCUUUGAGGACUGCACUGCAGCGCCUCCACGGGGUCCCACAGGGGGCACUUCCGGAGGACAACGGGGAACAGGAAUGUGAAAUCAUCAGCUUUGCCGAGACAGGCCUGUCCACCAUCAACCAGACUCGUCUUGAUUUUCACUUCUCCUCUGAUAGAACUGCUGGUGACAGGGAGGUCCAGCAGGCCAGUCUCAUGUUCUUUGUGCAGCUCCCUUCCAAUACCACUUGGACCUUGAAAGUGAGGGUCCUUGUGCUGGGUCCACAUAACACCAACCUCUCCUUGGCUACUCAGUACCUGCUGGAGGUGGAUGCCAGUGGCUGGCAUCAACUCCUCUUGGGGCCUGAAGCUCAAGCUGCCUGCAGCCAGGGGCACCUGACCCUGGAGCUGGUACUUGAAGGCCAGGUAGCCCAGAGCUCAGUCAUCCUGGGUGGAGCUGCCCAUAGGCCUUUUGUGGCAGCCCGGGUGAGAGUUGGGGGCAAACACCGGAUUCACCGACGAGGCAUCGACUGCCAAGGAGGGUCCAGGAUGUGCUGUCGACAAGAGUUUUUUGUGGACUUCCGUGAGAUUGGCUGGCACGACUGGAUCAUCCAGCCAGAGGGCUACGCCAUGAACUUCUGCAUAGGGCAGUGCCCACUACACAUAGCAGGCAUGCCUGGUAUUGCUGCCUCCUUUCACACUGCAGUGCUCAAUCUUCUCAAGGCCAACACAGCUGCAGGCACCACUGGAGGGGGCUCAUGCUGUGUACCCACGGCCCGGCGCCCCCUGUCUCUGCUCUAUUAUGACAGGGACAGCAACAUUGUCAAGACUGACAUACCUGACAUGGUAGUGGAGGCCUGUGGGUGCAGUUAGUCUGUGUGUGGUAUGGGCAGCCCAAGGUUGCAUGGGAAAACACGCCCCUACAGAAGUGCACUUCCUUGAGAGGAGGGAAUGACCUCAUUCUCUGUCCAGAAUGUGGACUGCCUCUUCCUGAGCAUCUUAUGGAAAUUAUCCCACCUUUGACUUGAAGAAACCUUCAUCUAAAGCAAGUCACUGUGCCAUCUUCCUGACCACUACCCUCUUUCCUAGGGCAUGGUCCAUCCCGCUAGCCCCACAUGCUUAACCCCGACUCAAGGGACUCAGACCCAUCUCCAACCAUGAGCGAUGCCAUCUGGUUCCCAGGCAAAGACACGCUUAGCUCACCUUUAAUUGACCCCAUAACCCACUAUGCCUUCCUGUCCUUUCUACUCGAUGGUCUCCACUCCAAGAUGAGCUGAAACAGCCCCUUCCCCCGAUUUUUGUGCAUCUCCAGAGAGCCCCCUUCUUUGGAUUCACCAAAGUUUAGAUCACUGCUGCCCAAAAUAGAGGCUUACUUACCCACCUCUUUGUUGUGAGCCCCUUUCCUUCUUAGUUGUCCAGGUGAACUGCUAAAGCUCUCUUUGCAUACCUUCAUCCAUUUUUUGUCCUUCUCUGCCUUUCUCUAUGCCCUUAAGGGCUGACUCGCCUGAGCUCUAUCACCUGAGCUCCCCUGCCCUCUGGCUUCCUGCUGAGGUCAGGGCAUUUUUUAUCCCUGUUCCCUCUCUGCCUAGGUGCCAUGGUUCUGUGUAACUGUGGCUAUUCUGUGUCCCUACACUAGUAGCCUGGCUACCCCCUUCCAUGGCCCCAGCUCUGCCUACAUUCUGAUAUAACUGCUUCAACACUAGGGGGUCCUAAAGGCUUUCUAUCUUGCUAGUCCCUGGGGCCUCAACAUCUCUUACUGGUUCCCUUAACUCUGCCUAUACCUCUGUAAAUAAUUCCUUCACUAAGUUCUCUUGAUGAAGAAAAACAGACAGCUGAAUGGUCCUCUAUCUCCUACAAGGGCCCUAACUGGCACCCCAGAUGACACAGAGCCUGCCUGCCUAUGCUGUAGUCUGCCUACUCUGCUCUCUCUUCACAUGGUCUCCUCAGAACUGAGCUAUUGUAUCCAUCUCACACUUUAUGCCUCUUCUUUCUUAGGCACCCCCGUCCCUCUAUCCUUCCAGAACCAUCUUUGAGGUCUCAUGGCUAAUAAAAACCUAGGCUUUACCUGUUCCCUCUGUAAUCCCUCCAAAAGAUGAGACAGAUCGAUGCUUAGUCAUCCAGUAAACUGACCAGCUGUGUGCACGCAAGUGUAGGAGGCAGAGGCACGCUCAGAGCUGGCUGCCAGGACCUCUGACUUGCCUUCCUUUCACCCGUCCCCAGUGCUCCACCCAGGAGUCCUGCCUGGAAGCUGGAAUGGGCAAGGGCUGCUGGAGUGGGACAGGGAGAAGAGGAAGGCCUGGAUGAGGAGAGGGUGGCAUUUGCUCUGAGACUGGGUCUUUUUUAGACCUUUGCCUUUCCUCCCCCACAUCUCCUCCCUUUGGCUGGACAGUCCUGAACCACAAAGUCGAUAUUGUCUGCAGCCCAAGGCCGAGUUUGCGCAAAACCCAUGUGUUCUUUGGUAAACGUGAUGUCUGUGUUUGCUCAGUUUAUAACCCCCUCCUAUGAGGGUAAGAGGUCCCUGAAAUAGAAACCCUAGAGGAGAAAGUCUGAAAAGGACUGCCUGGGGGACUGUAAAUCUGAGCCUGAGGGCUUCCUGAGCAACCCAUGGAAGUUAUCCCACCUUUGACUUGAGGAGACCUUCAUCUAAGGAGAAUCUAAGGAGGCCUUCUGGUGUCUCCCCAACACACCCCCGACCCCCAGAUCUAACCUCCUUCCCAAGUACAGCUUAGUCCCCAGGGCUAAGACUGGGGUAAAGCAAAGUGAGUCAUUCAUCUGGGGGGGCUAAAUUUUAAGGGGUUGGUGAACAAUUUAUUAAUCAAGAUAGGACUUUAAUGCAAUAUUACUUUAAAGUCAAAAUUAAUGCAAAAAAUCCAUGAUGAAAAAAUAGCCUACUUUUAAAUAAAAACAGGAUCAGUAUUA